AUGUCCCUGUGUUUAAACCGCCUCACAGAAGAACGGAAGCAAUGGCGACGAGACCACCCGUUCGGCUUCUACGCAAAGCCUCAUCGGACACCUCAGGGCGUGCUGGACCUGAAGCGCUGGGAAUGCGGUAUUCCGGGGAAAGCGAAUACGCUGUGGGAAGGCGGUCUAUUCAAGCUGGACGUUGUCUUUCCAGAUGAAUAUCCGACCAAGCCGCCAAAAUGCAAAUUCGUCCCCCCACUCUUCCACCCCAACGUCUACCCCUCGGGCACCGUCUGCCUCUCAAUCCUCAACGAAGAAGAAGCCUGGAAGCCGGCCAUUACAAUCAAGCAGAUCCUUCUGGGAAUCCAAGACUUACUCGACGACCCGAACCCAGAGUCCCCCGCGCAAGCCGAAGCAUACAACUUAUUCAAGAAGGACCGGCCGGCGUACGAGCGGCGCGUGCGCCAGGUCGUCAAGGAGAAUCCUGCUCUCUAG